AUGACAUUGACUAAAUCCUGGAAGUACGACGAAGGCGAAGACAUUGUCCUCACUCAAUUACAAGGUCUCGUUGCAGCCAACCCAUACGUUCGUUUGAUCCCUUCCGAAAAAGUCGUAUUCAACCCACACUCGGAUACGAAGGAAAAGAUUGCCGUUGUUAGUGGUGGUGGUGCAGGUCACGAGCCAUUGCAUGGAGGAUUUGUUGGUGAGAAUUUGUUGGAUGCGGCCGUCAGCGGCCACAUCUUUGCGUCGCCUUCGACGAAGCAAAUCAUGGCUGCCAUCAAAACAAAAUCCGACAAGAAGAAGGGCACAAUCAUUGUCGUCAAGAACUACACUGGCGAUGUAUUGCACUUUGGGUUGGUUGCCGAGAGGGCCAAGAGCGAAGGUUACAAUGUCGAAUUGGUCGCAGUUAGUGACGAUGUUGCAGUCGGUAGACAGCAGAACCGAAUGGUUGGCAGAAGAGGGUUGGCAGGCACUGCAAUUGUUCAUAAAGUCUUGGGAGCGGCAACAGCAGCAACAGCGGGCAACACUAAAGCAACUUUGAAAGAGGUGAGCGAAUUGGGCGUAACCGUAAAUGAGAACUUGGCAACAUUGGCAGCAAGUUUGGACCGUACCUCGGUUCCCGGUAAAGGUGAGCAAGAAAUAGAAUUCAAUGCCGUUGACGAAGCCGAGCUUGGCUUGGGAAUUCACAAUGAGCCCGGAACCAAGUUGAAACCAAUCCCAGGUCUCAGUGAUUUGAUCAAAGACAUGCUUUACAAGUUGACCUCGCCCGAGGACAAGGAUCGCCACUAUGUUGAUUUUGAUCUCGAAAGCGACGAUUACGUCUUGGUCAUCAACAAUAUUGGAGGCACAUCCUCCUUUGAGUUGUACGCCAUCACCGAGCACGUUAUCAAGUUGUUACCGUUCAAAAAGGCCCCCAAGCGUGUCCUUGUCAGCGAUUUCGUCACCUCAUUCAACUCUCCCGGCUUUUCGAUAUCUUUGCUCAAUUUGUCAAAUAUCGACAAGAAAAAUGUUCAUUUUAAGCUGUCAGACGUGUUGGACUUUUUAGACGCGCCAACCAAUGCUCCAGGUUGGAAACCAAAAACCUAUGCCGCCAAAUACUGGGACGAAGGAAGCAAAAAAAGAUGCGAUGUUGAGUCACCAAUGAAGAAUGAAUCCGUGGUCACUUCGGACCUCAAGAUAGAUCCAAAGACAUUUGAAAGUCAAUUGACUAAUGCAUUGAACAAUCUAUUAAAAGAAGAACCCAAGGUGACUCACUACGAUACUCUUGUUGGUGAUGGUGACUGUGGCGAGACAUUGGCCGCAGGCGCCAACUCGAUAUUAAAGGCAUUGAAAGACGAUUCCGAGUUCAAGAAGCACCUUUCCGAUCCAGUUGCCACCCUUUACACAAUCACCGAGCUCGUUGAAGACAGCAUGGGCGGUACCUCGGGCGGGCUCUACUCCAUCUUUCUCACCGCGUUGGUGCAGAACUUAAAGAGCGCCAAAGAGGUGGACACAAAAACAAUGGGCGAUGCCUUGUACCAGGCCUUGCACAACGGGUUAUUCAAGUACACCAAAGCCAGAGUAGGGGGAAGAACCAUGGUUGACACAUUGCAACCUUUUAUCGACACCUUGCAUGAGACUGGAGACUUGCAGACUGCUGUCGAUGCCGCAAAGAAUGGGUGCGAAAAGACCAAGGAAUUGGAUGCCACGUUUGGACGGUCUAGUUAUGUCAACAAGUCGGACCUUGAAGCUGAAGGGGGCAUUCCCGACCCUGGUGCUGUGGGACUAUUGGCCUUGAUUGAGGGUUACGUCUCGAGUGUUUAG